UGGCCACCAUCCUCACGCUUCUGCUCCCGCCGGGGGAUGUCGCGGCCCGGGCCCCGAGCGCCGCCCCGGCCCCGGGGCUGAGCUCCGGACCAUGUCCUCCCGCAGCCCCCGGCCCCCGCCCCGCCGCUGCCGCCGCCGCCUGCCGCGCCCCUCCUGCUGCUGCUGCUGCUGCCGCCGCUCGCACCUCAACGAGGACACGGGCCGCUUCGUGCUGCUGGCGGCGCUCAUCGGCCUCUACCUGGUGGCGGGCGCCACGGUCUUCUCGGCGCUCGAGAGCCCGGGCGAGGCGGAGGCGAGGGCGCGCUGGGGCGCCACGCUGCGCAACUUCAGCGCGGCGCACGGCGUGGCGGAGCCGGAGCUGCGCGCCUUCCUCCGGCACUACGAGGCCGCGCUGGCCGCCGGCGUCCGGGCCGACGCGCUGCGCCCGCGUUGGGACUUUCCCGGCGCCUUCUACUUCGUGGGCACCGUGGUAUCGACCAUAGGUUUCGGCAUGACCACCCCCGCUACGGUGGGAGGAAAGGCCUUCCUCAUCGCCUAUGGGCUGUUCGGCUGCGCCGGGACCAUCCUGUUCUUCAACCUCUUCCUGGAGCGCAUCAUCUCGCUGCUGGCCUUCAUCAUGCGCGCCUGCCGGGAGCACCAGCUGCGCCGAAGCGGACUGCUGCCCGCUACCUUCCGCCGCGGCUCUGCGCUCUCGGAGGCCGACUGCCUGGCCGGCUGGAAGCCCUCCGUGUACCACGUGCUGCUGAUCCUGGGCCUGUUCGCCGUGCUGCUGUCUUGCUGCGCCUCGGCCAUGUACACCAGCGUGGAGGGCUGGGACUACGUAGACUCGCUCUACUUCUGCUUCGUCACCUUCAGCACCAUCGGCUUCGGGGACCUGGUGAGCAGCCAGCACGCCGCCUACAGGAACCAGGGGCUCUACCGCCUGGGCAACUUCCUCUUCAUCCUGCUCGGCGUGUGCUGCAUCUACUCGCUCUUCAACGUCAUCUCCAUCCUCAUCAAGCAGGUGCUCAACUGGAUGCUGCGCAAGCUGAGCUGCCGCUGCUGCGCGCGCUGCUGCCCGGCGCCUGGCGCGCCCCUGGCCCGGCGCAACGCCAUCACCCCGGGCUCGCGGCUGCGCCGCCGCUUGGCCGCGCUCGGCGCGGACCCCGCGGCCCGCGACAGCGACGCCGAGGGCCGCCGCCUGUCAGGCGAGCUCAUCUCCAUGCGCGACCUCACGGCCUCCAACAAAGUGUCACUGGCGCUGCUGCAGAAGCAGCUGUCCGAGACGGCCAACGGCUACCCGCGCAGCGUGUGCGUCAACACGCGCCAGAACGGCUUCUCGGGCGGCGUGGGCGCGCUGGGCAUAAUGAACAACCGCCUGGCCGAGACAAGCGCCUCCAGGUAGACCGCGCGCCCCGCCGCGCCAGGGACCCUCAACAGGCUGGCGUGCAGCCAGGGGCCGUUUGCUUUCCUUCUCAGACGCUGGCGCUUUCUUAACCUUUAUCCAAUAAAAUGAAACCAAAAAAAAAAUUUUUUUUUAAAGAAAUACUAUUUGGCCAGGCCUGAUGUUAUCAAGGGCAGGUUUUGGGGGAGCCUAUUUUCCUUGUGGGUCCCCUCUUGGAGAACCGUAGUCCCCAGCAGAUUCUCCUCCAGGGAAGGAAAAAGCGGCACCCCAGACGCUCGCCCGGUGCACACGGCGUGGAGGAGAGUGCCACUCCUGGGUUUUGCAGGCUGCCACUAAACCCCAUCUCCAUGCACAUAAGCAGCUGGCAACCCCAAAGCAUAUGGUGCAACUUUUCAUGGCUCUGAAUUACCUCCGCAGCAUUUAGAAUCCUGGCCCAGCCUAGCAGCUUCCUUCUGGUCGUCAGAAGUGAUAUAGUCACAGUUUUGACAGGUGGGGGUGGGGACAGCCAUAUGUUGCCUCCCCAUGUAUAUAUAUAGAACAGCCGCUACACACAGCGAAUGGCGUAGUAUUAUGCAAUGAAAUGAAACGUAGCACCAACUAGCGGACUGUGGCAUUUCCCAAGAUUUGGGAACUGCAAUGGUAAGGGGCUUAGCAGGCUUUUCUCAGCCUGGAGUUAGUCCACUUAGCGCAGCCCACAGGGCAACUCUUUUUAAACAGGGAAGCGAGGAAGUGGCCCGCAGGGCAGGGAGCGCCUCGGCUGCACAAGCUCAGCUCUGCUUCAGCAGGCUGAUCUCUGAGUUUCAGGGCACAUGUCUGAAUCCCCUCAAUCCUCCUUCCUUUCACCAGCAUCAUCCACAGGAAUGCUUUUCGUUAUUAACAAGCAACGUCUGAGUCUUCUCAGAAAAACUUUUUUCUUUGUUGGUGUAGGUUUGUUGUUGUUUUUUUUUUUUUUUUAACUUUUUUCCCUUUUAGAGAGCCCAAAAGUGCAGAGCGUAGUACCCCCCACCCCAGUUGCCCCUCCCCUGCACCAGGGUUCUGCCAGCUACACCCACAGGCACCAGGGCCUGCAGUACCAGGAACCAAAGCAGCCAUCCUACAAGCCUCACAGAAUAUCACUCCAGAGUCCAUGAUGUAUUUGGAACACAUCCUAUCCUAAACCCUGUGUGGCCCCUGCCAAUCAUCAGGUGAAUGUGUUUUCUCUACGCACACAUGGUCUGUAUUGGAGGUGGACGAGGGCAGGAGGGAGAGAGCGGGUGGAUGGAAGCAGUUUUAAGAUUACAGUUUUGCCCUGAGAUGAUCCUCGAGCUGAGGGUCAGGGUCUUCCAGACUCACCCUCUGCCUUGUAGGCGUCACUGACUUGGAGGAAGGCCAGGUCCCCAGCCUCGAUUCAGUCUUGGACUGAAAAGGAAAAAUAUUCUUUUGGCCCAUUUUUCUCAUCUGAAAAGAUGGCAGUCCCAAGAACAAAUACCAGAGUCUAGUCAGACAAGGUGUGACCCACCAAUAUAUAUAUAUACUAUAUGUAUGUAUGUGUGUAUAUAUAUGUAUGUAUAUAUAUAUAUAUAUAUAUACAGCUUCUGAUGGGAAGUCUUAGAAAAGCAGCAGGACACCUCACACCCUCUGCCUGAGAAGCACCAAAAGCCGUGAAAUUUCCCUCCUUGGCAGUGAAGGAAGCAUAUGUGCCUGGAACACUCAAACUCAAACACACACACACAGAGCAUUGAGAGUCAUGCUUAAAUGUCAGCUCCCCCUAUUUUGGGGGGGAGGCGAGGGGAAUUUCUAAUUUGGAUUGGGAUUGGCCUUAAUCUGGCCUGAAUCUGGGGGCCAGGAAGCUAGUGAGAAGCUGGCCAGGAGAGAGCUCAGUCUUGCCAAUUCCUGAAGAGAGAGCCACACGUCCAGGAUACACUGUGACAGAGGUCAGGCCAGUUCCUCCCCCACCCUGCCACCCCAUCUCCCUUUCAAGCGAUGCCUGCAGUCAUACUGAAGGGACUGCAUGCUCAGAAAAGCACACAUGUUUUAGGGCAGAGUCCUCCAACAGGACCUAGAGAUAAAGCAUCAGGUUCAUCCCUUUAAAAGAAGGAAAGAUUAAAAGGCAUCCAAUUAGAGGUGUCACCUAGGCAAUGGAAAAUAACUUGAGGAGUUAUCCGGGCCGUGGCGGGGGGGAGUAGACAUGCCCAUGACAGGCACAUCUAGGCAUGAGAACUUAAUAGCAGGCAGAGUAGCAGCCAACCCAGAGAAAGCGAGUCUCAAGGACACAGGAGGCUUAAGACACUGUCAUUAAGUCCCCUUGAAGUAGACAGGCCCCAAAGGCCUCCAGACAAUCUGCUGACUGGCACCCAGGACUGCACAGAAUCCUCUCCCCACAGGAGGGAACAGGACCUGCCUCCAGAGAAGAAAAGCUCAAAACCUCCCUUGGCAGUCAUCUCCCUCAGCAGUGCUUCCUAAAGUCUAUUCUGAGUUGCUCAUGCUGCAGCCUUAGCUGUUUUCACUUCUUUUCCUGUGCUCUGGCUUGGGAAGGAGACAAAAGCAGGCAGCUUGAGAACGCUUCUGAGGGCAUUGAAAGCAGGCUGGGAGGAAGCAGGAAAGGAACCCCUCUCACUCAGGAACCUCCCAGAGAGACACCAGUCCUCUCAUGGACAGUGGUAGCUCAGGAGCAUACCACUGUAUGCUUGUAUUUUUUGCCUGUGUUCUCCUGGUCCCCCCGCCUCCAAUCUCAGUCUAUCAUUAUUCGUCCCCUCAGGCCCAAGGGCUCAGUGCCCCAGAUGCCAGGGGCUGCUUCCUGGGAAAAGCUGGGCUCCCAAGGUCAGGGGGAUUGAUGGAGCCUAGACUCAUGCCUAAAGGGCUUAUUCGACAUUCUGCUUGAGGGUGAACACUCGGAACCAUACCUACUUGACAAGCUGGGAUGGGGUCCUCCCAUCACUUCAGGAUUAUAGAUAUUGGAAGGAACCCCUUUCUUUGGCACAGGUUCUUCUGAACCUCAGGCUAGAAAGGAUCCCAUUCUCUUAAAUGCUGUGGCCUCUCCCACUGUGCAGGGCUCUGCAGUCUGACCCACUGCUGGGAGCUCCCUGUAGACAACGGCCCCAGGCUCCAGGAGGUGCUCCCUAACCUGGGGCUCACCCUCACCCCUCUCGUGCUGGGGCUGUGGGGAUCCUGCAAAGACGAAGGGGACUCUGAGAAGCCCUUGUCACUUGGCUGUGGCCACGCAGAGGCCAGGGUCUUGGUGAGCAGCCAGGCCUUCUCAGAGCAGUCAGGGAAGGAGCCCCACUUGGUGUCAUUACUUGCUAAAAAGACCAGGUGGUCAGGCCCCUGUGUCCUCUGACAAAUCUGGCGCCUCCGGGCCUGGUGAAGGAGUUGAAGGCUCAGCCAGCCUCAGGCCCUCAGCUUGUGGAAAAGGCCAGGCAGUCCUGGGCUUUUGCCAGAAGUGUCACACAGCAUAACAUCAUGUGUGCGUGUGCACACACGUCAGCCUUACAAAGAGCUACUCGCCCCUUUCCCCAAGGGAAAAAAAUCCUGGUCUGGGCCACUUGAAGAAGAAAGCGCAUUUUUAAUUCCCUGGAGAUCUGUGAGGGCCUGGAAAAUUCCUCUCUGUCUUGGGGGAGUAUCAUGGACACUCUGCAUGUAUCUGUGUUUUUCACAGAAGCCAGCCACCAAACCCAAGCCAAACCCUGGAAAAGAGCUGCUGCAUUUACCCAGGCUCCUCUGCCCCUCGGGCAGCCGUCUUAGUGGACCCUCUCUUCCCAUGCCCUGGGUGAGGGGGACCUCCUGGCCAUGGCAACCCACAGAGGCGGAGACCACAGGAGCUGUGGCCCAGGCAGCUCCAUCUUACUGUAACUUUUUACAUUCUUCACAAACAAAAAGCACAAUUUCACAGGCACACUGUCUGGAAAGCACAUUCAGGCAGACUGCUUGAGGCACUUUUAAGUCCAGAGGAGGCGCGCUGGCUGGGGCUUGUUUCUUUCUUGGAAUGGUUGUUGUAAAAAUGUGCUGAUCAGUGCCACCGCCGAAGGGGCCACACUCUGUGUGGGGGGGUCGGUGGGGGGACAGGGAGCCGGGGGUAGGGGGAAGGCUGGGGAACCACUCUAGGCCCCUAGGGCGGCCCAUCAGCAUGGACUCCGGGCCUGGACUCUUGCCCCUGGAGCAGCUCUGACACCUCCAAGCACCACGCUCAGCCAGUGUCAUCGCUGAAGCAAUGGUGUGAUUUCUGCACCAACCUGGCCCCAGAGCCCCUUCGCCUUUCUGUCAGCCUCCCCAUCUCCCCCUCUUCCCCGGGGAAGCUCCCACCCCCUUUGCUUUACGAAUCAUUUUCUAUGCCACCCGUUCUCUCAGGAGGGGGUUAGAGCAUGCUGGGCAAGUCUGCAGGGUUUCUUAGACAAUACAUUUAUUUUUCUGAGCAGCGCUCCAAGAGAGGGCUCGAAGGGUGUUGAAAUUAACGAUGAAUAAAAUGCAGCCUGCCACCCCUG